UGGACCGAUGCACUUAGUCAAACCAAGCAUUUCAUUAAAAUAAUGGUAAUUUUAUCACUGGAGCUUCCUCGCUCGACACUAUUUAAUUUGGGAACAUUUUAUCCCUACUAAAUAAUGGUGAUUCGACUAAUUACACUUAAUACUUUAAUGUAUUAGCACUCGAUGCCUAGCAAGACUUCAUCGUAUAAAAACACAUCGCCGGAGUGAUACCCUAUGGAUGCACUCCGAUCGCUCUAUUACCCCGAUCGUGGGUUGGUCGGUCGGCCCACUAAAUCAAUCAUUUAAUAUAAAAUGUUGAUGAUCUUGUCACUAGGGCUUAGAAUUAUUAAAUUCGGGAUAUUUUAAUCCCUGCUAAAUAAUGAUGAAACAAUCAAACGCAACAACAAUACCAUUUUUCCAUUCCUUUCUCUCUUUUUUUCCUUUUUGAAAUAGAUCAGCAAGAGAGAAAAUGAUGGUACUUAGCUCGAAUAGGCUGGCUUACAGCUGCCAAGCCAAUUUGUUGGCCUGGAGACUUUAAUUGGCCGAUGGUGAUCCAGCCCAGCAGUUGAUCAAGUAGCUGCAAUCCUACGGAUUAGGCAGCCCAUCAAUCCGAUGACAUCCUAACUUGGCCCAUGCCGCUGCUCCAUCACUCACAAGUUGUCGCCCCUUAACUGAAGGCCCGUGUCAAAGCUUUUUUUCACAAUUGGGAGGUCCAACACUGUAAUCACAAGCUGCCGCCCACAAAUGACCCGUACGGGAAUCUGCUUCGGGAGAGGCAUAUGACCCGUUCGGUAUUCUGCUUCGAAUCUGCUUCCUUCCUGAUUCAUACUUCAAUUCUACGGAGGAGGUGAUUGCCUGUUCUCCCAGUUGAAAGCAAGCCGACAGCCCACCUUGACUACCGCAGGGCAAGACAUGGGUACUGAGCGAGAGGAUGCCGGACGGGCGGAAGGCGGGAGGCUGGUCGGUGUAACGAAGGUCGGUCUGGUGCCGGCCUGGUGGUCGGUUUGUCCCGUACGGGAACUUGCUCUGGUUAUCCCAGGCCAUCAACCGCCGAUCUGGGAGAUUCUGUAUGAGAUCGAGCGGCUUCUUCUGGCUGUCAGACCUUGGACCGAACAAUGCGCAUCAAUUUCCCCGGUAAGGGUUUUGUCGGACAAUUGAGCUUGAUACUCUGUUACUUUAGGUCAGACUACCCGAACGGUGUUCUGCGGGCCGAAACGGCGUUUGAAAUAGAAACCCAAGGCGUCCUGAGCUGGUUUGGUGUGCCAGUACUAAGCACGGAUGUGGCCGGCUCGCGAUCAGCAUGCCUAGAGGUUGCCCUUUCGGAACCAAUAUGAGGUAUGUAUACCCUGCCUUCUCGGACCCUCCUCAGUGUACAGUAUCCCGUUAUGGGGGAGGAUUAUUGGGAUCCUCUGACACUAGCGAUGCUAAACCAUGUUCCCAAAAUUUUUACCUGCUCGGGAAAAGCAAGGGUGCGGGUAGCCUGGUGUAAUUGUGUGUUCAUCCGAAGUUACCCUGUCUGCCAGUUCUAAAUUUGGGACAUCCUUCUAGUUAUUAUGGUAUUGAAGUUCUCGUUCAGGUUGGGUAUCCCUUGGUGAGUCAGGAAAAGGUGUGGAACGGUGAUGGAUUGAACAGUGGGGUCGAACGACCUACUAUUAGGCAGUUUGGUGUAUUCCUUCCCCCGUUUGACGAUGUCGUGCCAGAUCGGGAAUUGGUUCCAUCAAAGGCCAAAACUCUGUGGUCGGAUAUCGUUCUUCCUAAAUCGUUCUGUCCUGUUCUGGAAUUUUUUACUAGUCAAGGACCUUGGUUGUGCCCUUUGUUUUGAGAAUGUCUCCUUGUGGCUUCUUAUGAAUCCCUUAUCAUCCGGGCAUGAUAGAUUUUCCUGUUGGAGUCCCCUUGAUCCCGAGCAGGAGUAUGGUUCUGCCACUCCCCUAUUCACAGGCCUUUUCAUCAGGCCGUUAAGAAUUUAAGGGGUACCUACUGGUGGGCAGGCCAUUUCAGUUGCUAAGUAAGGAUUAUGUCAAGCAAAUCCAAGUUGUUCGAGCUUAGCUAUGUUGAACCGGCGUUCAUGGAGUUCCCGUUCGGGAAGCAGGCCCUGUUAUUUUACUUUUGGAUAAGGAUGAAUCUGUCACGUCACUGUGUUGUCAGGCCUCCAUGUGACUAGGAAGUAAUCCGUCCCUAUUCUUACUGCAAGCUAGUGGGGACACGGCCCCACCCACCAUUUUCUUGAAUCAUUAGUGUCUUAGAAAACAAUAAUUCUUUUUAGUCUCCUCCUUCGGCGCUGGCGUUUACUUCAGGACAUGGGGGCAGCCACCUGAAUGAUGAGCAAGCUACUGGAGUCCUGGCCUUCUACCGUUCUUCUCCUGUUCUUGUGUUUUUCCAGAAACAAUUUUCUCUCAUUUUCUUCGUGGAAUCAGUAGCCUUUAUCAAAUCAUUUGUAGACUCAAGAACACGUGUAGCUUUUUGAACUUUUCCCACAGACGGCGCCAAUGUUGAGUUUUAGUCUCGUAGAUCCGAAAGUCCAACAUAACUUCGGAUAUUCAGGAUCUUAGAUUCGGUAUAAAAAUGAAUAAAUAUAUAAAAGUGUAUAAACUAGCUAUUUUUACGUGGAAACCCGGAAAUGGAGAAAACCACGGGACUUUUUAGGCUAACGUCCAAACCCGCUCUUUCUCAUUGUUCUGCUCUCCUCACCAAUUACAUAAUACAAAUACCUUGGAGCUUCCAUUGAUGGAGCUUGAAAUCAACUAAUCUAAAGGGGAUGGGGAGGAAACAUUGUCCCCAGAGAGAAGAGGAAAAAGAUCCCCUUUAAAGAAAAGUCCUCCUCCUAUUUAUAGGAAGGAGGGAAAAGCCCUCCCACACUAAUGGGCCGAAAAGGCCUUAUUGGGCCUAAACAAUUCGUAUUCGGGCCGGUUAGGCCGAAACGGGCCGGGUAGGCCUAAAUGGGCCUUGCUGACCGGGCUUCAUACCGGGUGAUGACUAAGGCCUCUGAACAGUAGUGGGCCGGGAUAAUAUUCCCCAACAAGGCUUUUAAAUUUUAGAACUUGAAUACACUUAAGAAAAAAUUUAAACACAAAAACCCUCCACCAACUGUAUCUUUAGAUUUAUUUUUUAUAUUUUAUAUGCAAUAUUGGUGUUAUAUGAAAGAUGAUUUAUUAUAUAUAUAUUGUGCGCAAAUGAUUUUUUCAUUUAUAAAUUAAAUAAUUAGAGAAAUUUUUUAAAAAGAGAGUUUUUUUAUUUGGGUAAAAUAUUAUUGAUUUGCUAGCUUUUAGUUGCUAGCUUCAUAACCUUCAUUCCAUGUUCCGCCGAUUAAGAGAAAGUAAGCAAAUGAUUUGGCGGCUUUGUUAACCAGAGUUCAUUCCAAUAAUAUGUUGAGAAAUACUUUUAACUUGAUCCCAAUUUCAUAAAUAAUUUUUGUUUAACAUUAUUCUAGAAAAAACUCUUUAAAUCCCAUAGUGAUUAUUUACGUAAAAGUAUCACACUUUAAAAAAUAUGACAUUAUAUUUAAGUUGUUACUAAGACCUAAAUAAGAGAUCUACACUGCAUUGUUAAUCAACAUUCAAUUUAUUACUCCGUAUAUGAAUAGUUAUACGCCACAAUCAAAUUUCUAAAAAUCUCAAGUUUGAAGUGUAAAUUGUACAUAUCGAUCACACAUAGAGAGCCCAUUUGGUAACAUUGAAAUCGACUGAAUCGGCUGUUUCUGCUGAUAUUUAUGAAGUUCUGGUUGAAGUGGUUGUAUUGGCUGAUUCUGCUGAUUUAUGAAAAAAUUAUACAUAUAAUAUAUUUUAUUAAUAAAAUAAAGAAAAAUAUAUAUUAAAACAUAGCUAAAAUGAUCUUCUACAGUAACUUCUGUCAAUACAGUCAGAAAAGUAACUCCAACCUUACCUUUUCUUAUUAUUACACAAUUCAGCGCGCGAAAUGAAAAGUCACGUGUUUGGUGAAAAAGUUGGCUGAUAAGCCCGAUAAGCCAAAAAACAGGCUCACCAAACGAGCUCAGAGUAUAUUUUUUGUAAACAAAAAAUUUCAUCCAUAAAUUAUAUGAUAAUACAUGUGUUCUAAUAUGAAGUAAUUGUUUAUGAUAAUAAACUCUUCCACAAUUUUCAAAUUUCAUUCUCGUGUGCAUCACACAGGUAGAAUACUAGUUAAGUAUAAAGGAUUAUAUUAAACAUAAUAGAGUUUAUUAGAUAAUAUUAUAAAAUGGUUAGGUCCAGGUGGUCAUUUUUUCAAAUUUUAAGUCCCGUUCGGUUCCUAAGUUUAUAAAGACCCGUCCCGCUCGAACCGUUUGCCUUUUCCAAAACUAGAACCCGACCCUAACGCGCUUCGAAUUUGUAUUACCCCGCCUGACAAGCGGAUGCUGUACACGUUUGCCCAUCCCUACCUGACCCACCCCUAAUUUCAAUUUGUUUAAAUUAUUAAGGUAAAAAAAUGGUGUAAAACAUUUUCUACAAACAACUCAAGUGUAAUCCCUGAAAUUGUAAUCUACAAAAGUAAUGUUAAUACAUAUGUAGUACUACGUAUUUUCUAUGAACAUUAUGCGUGCUUCUUUAAAAAUGUUAGUCCCACCGUUUCAUUAGAUUUCACUAAAUUUUAGAUUUGUGAAAUAUAAAAACUAAAAUUAAUUCCUUUAGUGUUGAAAUUUUUCAUGAGGCAACUAACAAAAGAUAUUUGACCAAACUUAAUAAUAUUCUUAUUUUUAAAAAUUUUAAAAAUUGUAUCCUUAAGUUUGUUCCGUUUUACCUUUUUUCGUGCGUCCCAUUAAAUUGGUUUUGUACCAUAUUUGUUAAUAUUUGGAUGAUUAUAUAUCAACCACACAAUUCCACUUUCUAUGAAAUCUUGUGCCACUGUGCCACACCUUCUUGUCACAAACACAGUAGGAUAGCAGUACAUAUACCAUAGGAGCGGCCCACCAUAGGCAUCCUACUCCCGCGGCUAAAUGACGCGGUUUUCAUUUAAAAAAACGCGCAAGCACGCUAACCAACGGCAACUCCCUCUCUCUCCCACCUUUUCUCUCCAGGCUUUAUUCUCGACUGCACUACGCCACUACUUACUUUUUGUCUUUACGAAUUCCAAAACACCGUUCCCCAAGACUUCAUUCUUCUCCAAUAUCAAUCUCGGAACUCUUCUAAAAAAAAAUUCACGAAACCAUCUCUGCGAACCAGGCAUGCGAAGUUCCAUAUCUCUGCGAACAAAAAACAGAAGCUAACUGAGGCAUUAACACCAUCCAUAGCAAAUUUAUGAAGUUAACAACCUGAUUCGAGAUGGCUAGGGUUAACAGGAAAUCAGUUACCAGGUAUCAACUAUAUCACAAGAUCUACAACGCCAGAUAGAUGAUUAAACAAUGCGAUAGAUUUUUUAUUAUCAAAAUAUGUUUAUUUUGUUGUUAUAUAUGUUAUUGUUCUGUAAAUAUCGAAAUGCAUGUAACUUAGAAUGUGUGAAUAAUGUAAUCUUAGUUUCAUUUUUUGCAUCUGCGGAAUCUGACAAUAUUAUAAACGUUCAUGUGGCUUUUGUAAAAUUUAUGUUAUCAAUUGUUAUCAAUAUGUCAUAUGUAUGUUAUCAGUAGUAAUAUAUAUGGGAAAAUAUAUUACUUAUGAGUAAUGUAACUUCUGUUAGCAGUUAUGUAACUUGUGUAUGUUAGUGUGUAACUCUUGUGCAUUAGUAUGACUGAAACCAAGUCCAGUGUACAAUGAUUAAAUACUUGUGAGUAAUGUAACUUCUAUUAGCAGUUAUGUAACUUGUGUAUGUUAGUGUGUAACUCUUGUGCCAUUAGUAUGACUGCAACCAAGUCUAGUGUACAGUGAUUAAAUACUUGUGAGUAAUGUAACUUCUGUUAGCAGUUAUGUAACUUGUGUAUGUUAGUGUGUGACUCUUGUGCAUUAGUAUGACUGAAACCAAGUCCAGUGUACAAUGAUUAAAUACUUGUGAGUAAUGUAACUUCUGUUAGCAGUUAUGUAACUUGUGUAUGUUAGUGUGUAACUCUUGUGCAUUAGUAUGACUGCAACCAAGUCCAGUGUACAAUGAUUAAAUUCUUGUGAGUAAUGUAACUUCUGUUAGCAGUUAUGUAACUUGUGUAUGUUAGUGUGUAACUCUUGUGCAUUAGUAUGACUGAAACCAAGUCCAGUGUACAAUGAUUAAAUACUUGUGAGUAAUGUAACUUCUGUUAGCAGUUAUGUAACUUGUGUAUGUUAGUGUGUAACUCUUGUGCAUUAGUAUGACUGAAACCAAGUCCAGUGUACAAUGAUUAAAUAUUUGUGAGUAAUGUAACAUCUGUUAGCAGUUAUGUAACUUGUGUAUGUUAGUGUGUAACUCUUGUGCAUUAGUAUGACUGAAACCAAGUCCAGUGUACAAUGAUUAAAUACGUGUGGGUAAUAUAACUUCUGUUAGAAGUUAUGUAACUUGUGUAUGUUAGUGUGUAACUCUUGUGCAUUAGUAUGACCGCAACCAAGUCCAGUGUACGAUGAUUAAAUACUUGUGAGUAAUGUAACUUCUGUUAGAAAUUAUGUAACUUGUUUAUAAUAGUAUUUAACUUAUGUAAACCGUGUUGAAUAACAUGUCACUCAACUAUAAUUCUUAAUAUUAUUUUGAAUGACACUAGGAAUACGAGAAGUGCUGAAGCUGCACAAAAUGAGAAUGCUCAAACAGAAAAUCAAGAACCAAUCCUAUUGCUGGAAUAUCAUAAACCAGAAACAACCAGAGCAGAAAUAACCAGAAAAAGAAGAAAAAACUCAAAAGAAGAAAAGAGAGGCACCUGAACAGUCAGAUGAAGAUGAAGAGGAAGAAAGAAGCAAAUGGUCAAGUUUAAUCAACCUCAGAACAAGAGUUGAACCAGCUCCUUUCCUAAAGUUGAUUAAACAGCUAGAUGAUAAUAAAAAUGAAGCAGUGAGAAGGAUUGGCUUUGGAGGUUUACUACAUCUAGGCUUUGAAAGAUUUUAUGGAGACUUUGUUCACUUUCUCUUGGAAAAUUUCAGACCUAUUUCAGGACAACUACAACUCACGAACGGUGAGUUGUUAAAUAUUGAAGAUGAAGAUGUUAAAGCUGUAUUUGGAUUGCCAAUGGGGGCUAUUGAUGUUCAAGAAGCCAAUGGCAAGAAUGAAACUGAAGAAUACAACAAUUUGGUGAAGCAGUGGAGAGAAGAAUGGGGAAUUGAUAAAGGAAGUCCUGAAACCACAAAGAUGAUUCAGAAAAUGGUUGAGGAUCAAGAGUGUGGAGAUCGUUUCAUCAGAAAUUUUGUUGUCUUUACAGUGUCUUGACUGAUCAGGGGCAACCAGAGUAUCAGGAGCAAUUUCAAAAUAUUGUUGUCUUUGGUGAAAGUUGAAGAUAUUAAGAAUCUGAACUGGUGCAAGUACACAAGAAGGUCACUGAUGGAUGCUGGUGAAGAAUGGCAGGCUCAUCCAUCAAGAAUGUUUACUGGACUGUUGGUAUUCCUAAUGAUUUGUUACUUUGACAGAGUACAAUUCAAAGGACAAGUGUUGCAAACAGUUUACCCAACUCUAAGAAUCUGGGACAAAGAGAAAAUUGAAAAACGAGUUAAAAGAUGAGAGAAAGUUAGGCUUUGGUUUGGGAAAGGUGAUGCCAAGAUUAAUGCCAGUUGAAGUAGAAGAAGAUAUUGAAGAGAGAGAAGAAGAAAAAGAUGAACAAACCGAAGAUGAUGAAAUGCUGACAAAGGAGGACUGUGUGAAGGAGAUUGUAGCAGUGGCACAGAAAUUCAUGAAGCUUUCAUUGAAUUCUCAAAGCUGCCAUCAACAAUCUCAAAAAAGUUCCCAAACUCUGAUAUCUUGAAGAAUAUUUACCUCACAACAGCAGACUACUUCAUUCGCCAAGCUAAUGGCAAAGAAAAGGAAGCUGAGAAAGAAAGAUUGGCAGAGAUGUGCACUCUUGAGGAAGAUGAUGAUUUCUUCAAUGAACUUGGGGUCAUGGAAGCCCUAGAAAAACUUGAACAAGCAGCAUUUCUGAAAUUCUCAAUGCCAUCAUUCGAUCAUGGAAUUGAGUUUAGCAUGUCUCAACCUCAAAAAGAUGCUGAGAUGGUUGUUGAGACUGAAAAAGAUGUGAAUGAAGAAGAAGUGUUGGUAGAGGCUGGUGGACAUGUAGCAGAGGAUGUUGCACAUGUAGCACAAGAAGCUGAAGAAGAUGAAGAAGAUAAUCAACCUUUGGCAAAGAGGCUGAAGGUAAAAACAACAACUGAGAAGCAAUGGAAUUUCAGAUCACCGUAUAUGAUGCGGAACAGAAGACUAUGCAAGGAGAUGAGCAAGGAAGAAAAGAUUGUCAUAGACUAUGGCUUCUCAAAGGAAGUUGGAAAGUAAGAAAUGAUUUUCUUAUUCAUGUGAAUAAAAUGUAACUACAAUAGUACAAAAAUGUAGCCUCACAUUAUAUUAGAAGUAAAUAGUAUUCACGAGAUUCGAAUUUGAUGUAUAAUAAUCAGUGUUAUUGUGUUAGUGAGUUGCUUUAUCAAGACGGUGAAGAAAUGUUCGUCUACCAUGAGGAGUUCCAGACCCUGGAAGAAGACAUGGUGGACAACUCAAUAAUAGAUAAUUGGGUUAAACUGCUGAAUGACAGAGAACCCAAGAACAAUCUUCCAAAACGUGCACUGAUUUGUUCUACCAUGGUCUAUGUAUGUAAAGUAAAAUAAUUUUUCUAGAAAUUUCAUAAAAUAAAAUAAGUUACAUCUUUUUACGUAAAGUUAUUGAGUAUUUAGCUUAGAAUCUUUGUUAUCAUUGUUUACAUUUGAUAGUAUAUUAAGUCGC